AAACCAACUAGCGUUCACUUUCCCACCACGCCACAUCCGAGUUUGGAAAAUGUUUUGAUGGUGGACGUCAGAUUUUAAAAAUGGUGGUCGCGGGGAUCUCCUAAGGUCAUGCCAUGGUGCUACGAAGAGUACUGAGAAAACGUUGGGUGCUAGGUGUGGUGUUUGGACUUUCUUUGAUCUACUUCUUAACCAACACCCUGAAACAGGAGGAGAGAACCAUAAGGGAUCGCACCCUGUUGGAGGCCAGGGACCCGGACCACCGGAUCCCAUGGAAGGUCAGGUUUAACCUGGGCAACAGUAGCAGGCCAAUCACUCAGUGCCGGAACUCCAUUCAGGGCAAGUCACUGCUCACAGAUGAACUGGGUUAUGUGUGCGAGAGGAAGGAUCUGCUGGUGAACGGUUGCUGUAAUGUCAACGCUCUGAGCUCCAGACAGUACAUCUGUAAAAGUUGUCUGGCCAAUGGCUGCUGUAACAUCUACGAGUACUGUGUGUCCUGUUGCCUCCAGCCUGAUAAGCAACUUCUACUAGAGCAUUUCCUGAACAGAGCUGCAGACGGCUUUCAGAACCUCUUCACCGCCGUGGAGGACCACUUUGAGCUGUGUUUAGCUAAGUGUCGAACUUCAUCGCAGAGUGUCCAACAUGAAAAUACCUACAGAAAUCCACAAGCAAAAUACUGUUAUGGAGAAAGUCCACCUGAACUCCUGCCUAUAUGAUUGUUCGAUCCUCUGGGACCUACGAGACUGAAAAUAAACUAAUAAUAGUCCAACUAAGAGCUAAGGGACACACCUUGAUGCUGCUUGAGAAGACUGGCUUCAUCUUGUGUCCCAUACUGGCCUUGAACAGUCUGAUACCAUACAGUGCCAUCAAGAACACCAGAGCCAUAUACUGUAUAGAGGGAGUUUAGCAAACUUUGACUGACGACAACGGACACCAUGUUGAACCUUUCAAUAUAAUAAUGUGAGUAAUCGUCUCUACAUAUGGCUCUGAAGAACACUAUCGUAACCUCACAACUAUGGACAAAUACAUUAUGAUAUUAUUUACACUUCAUAAGUGCAUAGUUUCAUAACUUCAUCAGUGAUGAUCAUCAGGUCUCAUUCGCUCACCAGUUGGGAUUCGCCUCAUGCUGCCCAUUGUUUCACAUCAUGGGCGUGUUCAUUAGGGCAUGCAACUGAGUGUUUUAAAAUGUUUCGCAACAGAACUAAAAUGUGGGUUUCUUAUUGGUUAAGUCCCUCCCUGUUUAAGUUGUUUUCUUCCAAAUGAACAUGGCCCAUGUUAUAAAGGUUUUUAUUUCAAGCCUGCUCAAUGUACUGAAGGAACAAACUACAAAGAAUGUGUCAUUUGUGUGUAGUUGUGCAUGCAUAUUGACUGACGGCUAUUUAAUAACGUGACUGAAAGUAAUCGGCUCACGGUUUACGUUGCAAUGUCUAUUUUUUAGACCCUUUCAGAAUAAUUAUCAGUAUUGCAUUUUGUAUAGAAAUUGUAUCUAUUUUACACUAUGAAAUAAUUCUAUAUUAUGAUGACUAAAGACCCUAUAGUUUAUCUGGGGUCAGAGCGCUGUAUCAACAUGUAGAAUUGGCAUAUUUUGAUUGAAUAUAUGACAAAAUAACUUUUUCAA